AUGGAGAUUCUUUUGUGCUUCUUGAGUUCGUCAUUCCAGUAUCCAGUUGUGAAAAUUGUGGUAUACUAUGUUGCAUAUGUGUAUUCUGAAAUUUAUGAAAAAGUUAUUGACAAUCUUUUGGAAAUGGAUCUGAGCUUACACUGUGUAUGUGUGUUUUGCAGCUCUUGUCCAGUUGCUAAAAUUCCAAGGACAUCUGCUCUUCAAAUUGCACUCUGCAAAGAAAUGGUGCAAUGGACUCGUGCUGAGAAGUGUACGUUCUUGAGGCAGAGAGUUGAGGUAAGGCUUGCAGCACUUCUAAUGGAAAAUAAAGAGUUUUCAGAAGUUUUGACUUUACUCUCCAGCUCGGUCAAAGAGGUUAGAAGAUUAGAUGACAAGCUUCUACUUGUAGACAUAGAAUUGCUGGAAAGCAAGCUACACUUCUCAUUAAGGAACCUUCCAAAGGCAAAAGCUGCACUCACAGCAGCAAGAACAGCUGCAAAUGCUAUUUAUGUGCCGCCGGCACAGCAAGGUACCAUAGAUCUGCAGAGUGGACUACUGCAUGCUGAGGAGAAGGAUUAGGGAUGCCUAAAAUAACCUACUUUUGGUGCAAUAAAAUGUAUUACUUGUCGUGUGUAUUAUUAUUACCAGUCUAAAUUAUCAAUAUCAGGGAUCAUAUCAUCCUCUAUGAUGGCUACUGUAAGUGAUAGAUUGUAUUGUACAUACAAG